UUACACCAUACACCUCCAGGCUUGAGAACACACCAUCAUCAUCAUCAGCAUCAGCAGCAGCAGGAGCAGGAAGGCAUUAUGGAGCAGCAACAGGAGCGGCGGCGCGGCGGGGACGGCGUGGCGGUGAUCAAGGACGCCAAGUACUCCGACCUCACCAUCACUCUGACGGGUUGCGACGCCUCCUUCAGGGUGCACAAGAUCUACCUGGCCAUGGCGUCACCUGUGCUGGAGGAGAUGAUUGACUCCCUUCCCCCGCUGCGGCAGAACCAUCUCCUGCUGCAUGAAGACGCGCCCUCCGAGGCAUUCCACUGGCUAAUGCGCUUCGUCCACCGCACCGACCCGCCCAUGGAGAGCAGCAGGCUGGCUCUGAAGGUGGCCUGCCUCGUGGGGAAGUACAGGGUGAAGGAACUCUACCCUGCGUGUCUUAAGUGGCUGGAGGACAUCCUGAAGAAGGGGACGCUGCUGGAGGUGUACAACGCCGCCUACCUCCUCAGGAACUCGCUGCUCGUCACCAAGUGCCUGCAGAUGCUCCUCACCUGUGCCGAGGAGGUGUUGUCCUCGCAACAGGUGUGCUGCCUCACGGAGGACGCACUCCGGCACCUGUUGAAGCAGCACCUGUACGUCCAGUCUGAGGCCGUCAUCCUGAAUGCCGUGCUGGCCUGGGGCCGGGCGCAGCUGCGGCAGCAACAGGGGGCCUGCGGCGAAGAACUGCACCAAAAGAUCAAGCACGUACUGCCUCACGUGCGAUUGCUGACCCUCAGCACCGAGGAGAUCGUGCGGUGGCUGGUCCCCAGUGGCGUGUACAGCGCUGAGGAGUCUCAGGCCAUCCUCAUGCACAGGACGCAGACCGACGGGGCCCCACCGCUGCCCGAGACCUGCUCGUCGCUGCUUACCAAAAGGAGAUGCCUCGACUCUUACCCGAUGAGCCGCGUCCGCCUGCCGGAGGCCACCGUCUCCCGAGGCCUGCUGAGGCCUGUCUUGCCACUGCUGCUGCCCGGCGAGGCGCCGCCCGCCCAGGAGCGGGUGUUGGUGUCGGGUCUGAGGGUGGACGCCGCGGUGGUGCUGCAGCGCGUGGAGUGCCGUGGCGUGGCGCUGAGGGAGGUGCGGGCGGCGGUGAGGGACGCGACGGGGCGCACGCUGUACACGUCGGCCAUGGCGGAGGCGGGGGAAGAGGGCUUUGAUGUGCCCGUGGCCCUGGACCCCAGCAAGGCGUGCAUCGUGACGGCCACGCUGGUGCACGGCGAGGACUGCUGCUUCGAGGCCGUGCACUCUUUCUCCGUCAAGGCUGCAGGAGUGCUCUUCACGGGGGAGCAGCACUGCCUCCUGCCCGACGGCUGCGACCUCUACUUCUGGCGGCUUGACCACUGCCUCGGCGUGGACCUGUGAAUGUUCUGUGUGUGUGUGUGUGUGUGUGUGUGUG